AUAGUCAAAGACUACCAUCUGUCCAUCUCUUGUCAAAUUCGUCAAAAAAACUUCCUCUGGUCUAUUCAUAUAUUUGAAUAUUUUCACUUUUUAUAAUUUAAUCAUUUCCUAGUUGGCAAAGAAAUUAAUUGGAUGGGAUGUUCACUCACCGCGUAAAACCUCAAUCUUCGACUUGGCUACAAAAAACCAAAAAGCAACAUGAAACAACUCCAACUCCUUACUUGGAUUUAAAAAAAUUUCGGAAGCACGUUAGUUUCUUCAUUUGCAAUGAGCGUAACGCGGUAAACCUUUCAAGUCAGAUUCAGGUGAUUCGUCUGUUGAAUACUAUUCGAAGAACAGCAAAUGGAGAUAGAAACUAUGACAACGAUAAGUCGAACAAAAUGUUCAAUUUAUUUCUAUUUGCUAGCUCGACGAAUGCUUUUUGGGCCGGAAAAUACCGUGUGGAAGGUCGAAACCAAACCCUUGGUGCAUCUUCUCGAAAUACUUUGGCAUAUGCAAUCAGGAAAGUGUAUAGAGAAAAUAUUCCAGAAUUGGGGGUCAUUUCUAAGCAUUUCUACAGUACCGCAAUAUUGAGAAGAUUAGGAAUUCCUGAGAAUAAGUGGGAUAAUUACGGUGUACCGAAUCGAUUUCUUCUUUGUGUUGGCUCAAACAAUGUAUCUCACUGGGUUCAUUUAAACAAAUUUUCAAAAAAAUUGGGUAUCUACAUUUGCAAUGAAUGCAGCUUGAAUGCAUCCCAGUUUACUCAAUUGAUGUCAAUGGUUGAGGAAAUACAAGGUCAAGUCAAAUCAGAUGAAAAUAAAGAUCAGCAGAAUGCAAGCUAUAAAACAGAUAAUACACUUCUCAAAUAUGAUAUGACUGGUUAUUGCGAUGAAAGCAACUUCGAAGUUGAGAGACGAAAAAUUUUAGCUAUUGCUUUAAUGGAAGUGUUCAGAGAAACUGUUCCAAGAUUGAAGGGCUCGCUUAAAUUUUUCUUCGCUUGGGAGGCAUUGCUCAUUUUAGGUGUUCCAAGAAGUAAAUGGAAUACUUUUUAUCUGCAUUAAUAUUCAUCCAUAAUUCAUUUUUUUCAUUUUACAGAUUUAUUAUUUGUAUAUGUAGGUACUCAAGUUUAUUGUUUUGAUGUUUUUCAAUUAAAUUUUAAUUGUGUUGAGAUUAA